AUGGCUGGUUGUGGAUUCAUUUUGUUGAUCCUAACCAUCCCCAUUGCAAUUUCAAAUGCUCAGAUUCAGUCUUUUGAGUACCCCAACUUCAGUUCAACUUAUAUAAAGCAGCUUAUGCUGGAAGGUAAUGCUUCUACAGCAGGUUCUGCUAUCAAACUCACAGUGAACGCAACGGACCCAAGCAACAUGUUCGGGACCGCAGGACGAGUCACGCAUCCUGUGCAGAUAAACCUUAGGGACAAGAAUUCAAAUGAACCAAGAGACUUCGUUACCAACUUUUCCUUUGCUGUUUCCUCAAAUAAGAGUUCUUAUGGAGAUGGUUUGGCAUUCUUUCUUGCAAGCCCAAAUCUGCCAUCCACAAAUGAUAUGGUACAACUAAGAGGAGGAAGUCUUGGCAUUGGCCUUACGGAUGGUCGGCAAGAGCUUCACCCGAGAGGUUAUCAAUUUGUGGCAGUGGAGUUUGACACAUACACAAACCCCUGGGACCCAGUUGGCGCACAUGUAGGUAUAAAUAUCAAUGACAUGAACUCUAAAAUACAUGAGACAUGGUGGAUGAAUAUUACACAAGAUGAAGUUAAUUGUAACUGUAGUAUUGUAUACGAUUCUAGAAACAAUAUUUUGAAUGUCUAUUUCACUGGGUACAUAUUCAUUGAUGGAAAGGUAACGCAGACUACACAGCAUCUUUCAUUCCCCAUUAAUAUAACACAACAAUUACCAGACUCGGUUAUUAUUGGCAUAUCAGCUGCAACAGGAAAAUAUUAUGAGGAACAUACACUGCUCUCAUGGUCAUUUAGCGCAACCCCAUCAACUAAGGACGACCCAAAGAAGGAAAGAAAGGUUAUCAUCAUAAAAAUGUUGGAGGGAAUAGGAAUUGGUGCUGGUUUGUUUUUUAUUAUGUUCGGGUUGGUCCACAUUUUAUUAUGGAGGAUGGCCAAGGGGAGAGAAGUAGAUCACACUUCAGAAGCCAUUUCUGAUACAAAUAUGGAUGAUGAAUUCCAAAUGAGCUCUGGACCUAAGAAGAUUAGUUAUCAUGAAUUGGCAACUGCAACCAACAACUUUGAAGAGACGCAGAAGCUUGGCCAAGGAGGGUUCGGUGGUGUUUAUAAAGGCUAUUUCAAAGACUCCAACACCUAUGCUGCUAUAAAGAGGAUAUCAGCAGAUUCUAAGCAGGGUGUAAAACAAUACACAGCAGAAGUGAUGAUCAUUAGCCAAUUGAGGCACAAGAAUUUGGUGAAACUCACUGGUUGGUGCCAUAAGAAGAAUGAUUUUCUCUUGAUAUACGAGUACAUGGAAAAUGGCAGCUUAGACUCUCACCUUUUUCGAGGAGAAAGUAUAUUGUCAUGGGAGGUGAGGUACAGCAUAGCCUUAGGUUUGGCCUCAGCAUUGCUUUACCUACAAGAAGAAUGCGAAAAAUGUGUGCUUCAUAGGGACAUCAAAUCAAGCAACAUAAUGUUGGACUCCAACUUCAAUCCUAAGCUUGGGGACUUUGGCCUUGCUAGGCUGGUGGAUCAUGAUAAAGGGUCUGAAACCACAGACGUGGCUGGGACAAUGGGUUACCUAGCUCCUGAGUACAUGAACACAGGCCAGGCUCGAAAGGAAUCUGACAUAUUCAGUUUUGGGGUUGUUGUGUUGGAGAUAGCCACAGGAAGAAAAGCCAUUCACCACAAACACAUGGAGGGUGAAGUAUCAGUGGUUGAGUGGGUGUGGGGGCUCUAUGGAUUGAGGAAUCUGCUUGCAGCAGUAGAUCCAAACCUGCAUGGGGAAUUUGAUGAGCAGCAAAUGGAGUGCUUACUGAUUGUUGGUCUUUGGUGUGCUAAUCCAGAUUCUGCAUCCAGACCCCCUGUAAGGCAAGUGAUUAACGUCCUUAACUCUGAAGCCUCUUUACCAAUUCUCCCACAACAGAUCCCAGUGCAGGGCUGUUUAUGA